AUGCCUGAGCAGAAGAUCCCUUUGGAGCUGACUCGGGACCUGCUGUCGACUCUGAUCACCGAGGGCACGGUUUCUGCUGAGACGGGUUCGGUCCUGGUGUUUUUGCCCACCUGGAGUAUCAUGACCGUCUUGAGCAAACUCAUGGAGGCGGAUGCGGUCCUCAGCAAGUCCUGCAAGGUGAUCAUGCUCCACUCGCAGGUGCCCAAGGAAGCGCAGAUGGAAGCCUUCAGUCCAGCGCCGGCCGGGCUUGCCAAGGUGAUUCUGGCCACCAAUAUUGCGGAGUCCUCCAUCACAAUUGAUGAUGUGACUUGCGUCAUAGACUCUUGCAAGGUCAAGAUAACCUUUUUCUCCGAGACCACAAAGCUCUCGUACUCGGACGUAGUGUUCACUGGCCGCCACAACCUGGAGCAGCGGAAGGGUCGUGCGGGCCGAACUCGACCCGGGCUUUGCUUCAGACUUUGCACUGAGCAGCGCUGCGAGGCUUUGCAGGAUGAAGUUCCGCCUGAGCUGACGAGGAUGCCCUUGGUGGGGGCUGCGCUCCUGGUGAAAUCACUGGAAUUGGGUGACAUCAUGACCGUGCUCUUCCAAUGCCCAGAUCCACCAUCCGAAAGCGCCGUGACCCAUGCCAUAUCAGAGCUGACGCUGGUGAGGGCACUGGAUGACGAGCAGAACCUCACAAGCCUUGGUCGAAUCUUGGCACGCCUCCCUUUGGAUCCUCAUGUGAGCCUGGCUUUGCUGAUGGGACAUUGGUUUUUUGGACUGGGCGAUGCAAUGGCCACUCUCUGUGCUGCCAUGUCCUUUGACGAGCCUUUCCGUUUUGAGAGAUCCGCGGGCUAUCUGCCAUGGUCAAUCUCACAGAAGUAUCAGGGUUCGCACAAGCAUUCGGACCAGUUUCUGCUGGGUCUGGUGCAUCAGGAGUAUGCCCGCCUCGUGGAGACCGUUGGCCUGAACUCCGCGAACAGCUUUAUCACAUCCGAGGGCCUUCACCCUGCCAUCAUGAGACAGGUUUACGAUGCUUCCGAGCAGCUGCGCAGCUUGCUGCAAACCGAUGCUCUGGGAGCCUUGGGCUUGGGAGGCCCCGAGCCCCUUGAUGAGGAUGCACUCGGACCAUCCUCCAGGAAGCGAAGUCACACAGCCAUCCGUGACUGGGGGCCGCAGGAGUGGCAAUGGGGCGCCGUGCUCUUGGGCCUCGCAACUGCCUUGCCACAUGUGGCGGUGCACCAAGAGAAGCGGCAUCUUUGGGUGGAUGAGGAGGCUCGCGGUGCCAUCCACAGAAGCUCCUUGAACUGUUGCAAAAACUCGUUUGUUUUUCCUUCGCCGCUGUUCGCGUUCCUCGAUCGAAUGCAAGAGGAAGGGUGGAGACCUGCACGAUGCAGGCAACUUACAAACAUGCCGCCGCUACUGGCCUUGCUCAAGCCUUUUGCGAAUUCCACGAUCCGAAUGGAUGCCGAGGAAGGAAAUUGCGUCAUCAUCGCAGAUUGGAUCCCGAUCGGGCCGGUGCUUCCAGACACUGCUCACUUGCUCCUGCUGUUGCGAAGUAGAAUCGAGGACAUGGACAUUGCAAGCUUUCUGUAUGUGCAACUUACACUGGCAUAUUUCAUGUUUUUCAGCUUCUGA